UUACUGCAAGCAGACAGCGCAUAUAUUCCUUUCAGGGAGCGACUCCAACAUUGCCCGACGCCAACUCCUUCUGAACUUCUUGCAACCGGACUACAGCGCUCUGCACACUCCUGGCACGACUCAGCACGUAAUAAUCAACGCACUGAGCGCUUGAGCCGGUGGGCUCGCGACAGUAGGAAAGAUGGACGAAGAAGUCGCUACCUUCACCGCGAUCACGCAGGCCACGCCCGAGCAAGCACAGCGCUUCCUUCAGCUCGCCGAUGGAAAUGUCGAAGCCGCUGUAGAACUCUUCUUCAGCAAUCCGGAUCUUGGCAGUACAGGCGCAUCUGCACCACCAGCACCUUCCCGUCCAUCAAAUGACCCCAUCACCAUCGAUAGCGACGAUGACGACGACGUACAAGAGACUGGAAGCAGGAGAGUGCAGCAGCAGGCAGAGAGCGACGAAGAGAUGGCGAGACGGCUACAGCAAGAGAUGUAUGGAGCUGGUGGAGCUGGUGGCAGCGGUGGAUAUGAUGAGGAAGGCGUAAGAGCACCUAUGGCAAGAACGACCGAGACCCUUGUAGGACCAGGAAGCAGCGGUCCAGGAUGGCGCGAUGAUCCACGACAGAUGAAUGCUGCUAUAGCAGAGCAGAUGUUCGCCCGUGACCGGAGAAAUCGCGCCGCCCCAGGCAUCUUCAACCAGCGAGGAUCAGCGUCAAUCUGGAAUGACUACGAUGCGUCUGAUCCCGUGGCAUCACGAGCAGCCUUGUCUCGCGCGACUGGAGGAGCAUCCGAUCAGUCUGCCAAGUCAAAUCUGCUCGCGGACCUUUUCCGACCGCCCGUCGACCUCAUCACGCCGCUGAGCCUCGCAGAUGCGCGAGAUGAGGGAAAGGAUCAGGAGAAGUGGAUUCUGGUCAACGUGCAGGACCCGUCGAUUUUCGAUUGUCAAGUACUUAAUCGUGACAUCUGGAAGAAUCCACAGAUUCGCGAGACGAUCAAGGAGCACUUUCUCUUCUUGCAAUACAACAAGGACGACCCACGCGGUAGCGAAUACGUGAAUUACUACUUCUCCAACCAGCGCGACAACGAUGCCGCUUACCCUCACAUCGCCAUUAUCGACCCACGAACCGGCGAACAGGUCAAGACAUGGUCAGGCUCACCUGCACCAAAGGCGGCCGAAUUCCUCAUGGAGCUUCACGAGUUCCUUGAUCGCUACAGUCUGAAUCUGGAGAAGAAGAACCCAGUUCAGAAGCAGCGAAAGGAGUCGAAGAAGGAUGUUGCAGCCAUGACCGAGGAGGAAAUGCUCGAAAUGGCAUUGCAAAACAGCCUCGCGAAUGGAAGUGGACCGACCACCGACGAAGACCCUGACGCACUCACUAAGUCAGUAGAGAACAUCAAUGGUAAGGGCAAAGCACCAGUGAGGGACGAGGAAGAUAUGGACGUGGACCAGCCUACCAAGGACACACCAUUCUCGAAGAUCUCGAGCAGGAAUGCUCACGAAGAGCCUACAUCGACAGGUCCCGAGACGACAAGGAUCCAAUUUAGACAUUCUGGAGGACGUGUCAUCCGGCGUUUCGAGCUGAACGAUCCUGUACGAAGAAUCUACGAGUGGCUUAAGGCUGCUCCGUUCGAGGGCAAAGAGGGCCAGCCUUUUGAGCUGGUGGCUAUGGGUAAGAACUUGAUCGAUCAACUCGACACGCCCAUCGGCGAGGCUGGUCUCAAGAACGGCACAGUCAUGGUUGAAUUUGUGGAGGAGUAA